AUGCUUCGGAGGCGCAGCGCCGCCCCGCGGCUCCGUCCCUCACAGCGCCCGAGAGAAGGCGCGGUCCCGGAGCUGCUGCGCGUGCGCACGGCGCUGCCGCUGCGCUUAUGGCGGCGCCCCGUAGGCUCAGCGUCUCGCGGUGCCGAGCGCGGUGACGUGCACGGGCGGCGGGGGAUGGCCGAGGCGGAGAGCGCGAUGUCCGCACUGGGGCCGCGGCUGGAGGCGCUGGGCCGGCGGCUGGCGGCGCCGAAGGGAGCGGGCGGCGAUGGUGUCUUCUUAGCAAAGGGCUCUGCUGCUCUGGAGAAAUUAAAGGACCUCUGUAAAGAAGGGAAAGAGAAAGCACAUCAUUCCACGAUUCUACAGCUUUACACACAGGCUGUCUUAGACAUUACCUAUUUUGAGGAAAGCCAGCUUGUGGAUGAAGAUUUUGCAGGAGAAUCUUCGUUGCAAAAAGUUAAAGAACUUAUCUGUAUUCUUUCAGACCCAGAAGACUUAGUGAGGGAAUGCAGCAUAAAUGAAGAACCCGUCAACAUCCUUAGUACAGAUUUGGUAGAAUGUCUUUACUGGAGAAAAGGAGCCCUGCUUUACAUGUAUUGCCAUACAGCAAAAGAAAGGAGCGAAUGGAUGAGAGGAAACGUUGCUUUAUUUAAAAAGUGUCUUAAUGAUGGAGUUCAUUACCUGAUGAAGAUGCUUAGCUUUAGAUGCCCUCUUCAUUUAGAUGGAGAUGUCUCGCUUCAAGAUAAAGACACAGCUAGACUACUCAGUGAAGGUAUAUUUAGUGACACCCACUUACUGGCCAUGAUGUACAGUGGAGAAAUGUGCUACUGGGGACUGAAAUACUGUAGAGAGGGAAAGCAGGAGAACCUCAAGAUGAUGGACUCAGUGUCUGGCAGUGAGCUGGGCUGCAGAUCACAGGGUGCGCUGGUGGAUUUCCAAGAGCUGGGUAAAACCAUGUUAAGAAAGUACAUUGCUGUGUGUGAGGGACCUUUAAAAGACCAAGGAUGGAACACAACAAGUGCAAAACAGAUGCUGUGUUACCUCAGCUAG